ACCGCGUCGUAACUCUUCAACCACAGGAGUUAUGGCAUAACGCUCCAACGAUACACCAUGACGCGGUGAAAUAAAUGCUGGAUAACUCGAUUAACAACCUUGCCUGGUUCUGAGCGGCUGUGCCGCAAGUUCUGCCUCAAUGGCAGACCAACAACAAGGGAAUGUCCAGGCAUUGGCCUUUCCAAGCCCACCUCCGUUUUACCAGCACUUCACCGAAGAAAAUCUCGCCCGUGUAUCCGUAUUACGCGCUGGAAGAGAGUCCGACUCAAGCCAAAAGGAUGAUUCACCCAAAGAACCUGAGUUGCAAGGCGAUCUCCAAUACCUUCAGCCGCCAGAGCCUCCUGCCGAAGGAACGUACAGGAGCUUUGGAGACAUCUACAAUCUGAACGAUAUCCUGCCGUCCCUUACCGAGCAAGGAAUCGAACAACUCUACUCUCCUCCUGCCACACCAUCAGGCUCCAGUGCAGGACCAGAUAAACAAUCACAUUCAGAUCGCACGUUGAUCUUGAAGCGAAUUGCCAAAUCUUUGCUAUUGAACUUUCUUGAACUCAUGGGCAUCAUGAGCGUCAACCCUGAACAAUAUGCCGAGAAGAUUCAAGAUUUACGAACACUAUUCAUAAACUUCCACCAUUUAUUGAACGAAUAUAGGCCUCACCAGGCGCGAGAGAGUCUGAUACUAAUGAUGGAAGCUCAAUUAGCGAGGUCAAAGGCAGAAACCAACGGCAUUGAGAGUAUGAAAACCAAGGUGGAAGGGAUCCUGGCGGGCUUGGGUCAAGUGAACAUUGCACCUGAAGAAGCCGAGGAGUAUAAAGAUACCAAGAAGGAUCUUGAAGAAUAUGAUGGUGCGAAGGAUGUAUGGGAUGAACUACACCGCGAGUAUGGCUUAGUUGAGCCUGUAAUAUCCUCAUAAUCCAGCUCGUAACCCCAGAAUGGCCUUUGACAUUCUUACAUGGAACAUGAAUAAAGAUAAUAACAAUUCUCUACAAUUUACCUG